AUGAAACCCCAUAAACCCAUCAAUAUAUCAGUCCCAUAUUGGAUGAAAAUCAUAGGAUUCAGUCUCUUGUUCAGUAUCGUUAAAGCUGAAGAUAAGAUAGAUUGUAAAGCUAUUAAUCCAUUUGACGACCCUGAGAACGAUCCUUGUAAUCCAUUCAGAUAUAUACCUAAUAAAGCAGGUACCAUUAUCGUAGCUGAAUUUUUCACUCAUUCAGCUUUUCUGUUAACCCUAUGCUAUAUACAUCGCCCCAUCAAGUGGUUCUUGGUUCUGAUCAUUGGAUCAUGGACACACGCUCUUGGGUUAUGGUUGAGAUUGGGAAUAAGGAUUGAUCCACAUUCAAUUGGUUUUUUAGUAGUUGAAGAGGUUUUGGUGGUUCUUAGUCCCUGUGCAUAUUUGGCAGCAUUGUAUAUAUUGUUCGGAAAGAUCUCGCAGCAUUUAGAUGGUGGCAGGUAUUUGCGUCCUAUAAAACCUGGAAAAGUAGCUAAAAUAUUCGUUUGGUCAGAUGUCAUUACGUUUAUGUUACAAGGAAACGCUUCUGGAUUAUUACCUUCUAAAUCUUCAAUAGUGGCUAAAAUCGGAAGAUACCUGUUAUUAGUUGGAUUAAUACUUCAAUUAAUCAGUUUCAUGUUUUUCGUUUAUCUCGUAAUCGUAUUCUUUUAUCGAGUACGUAAAGAAGCUCCAACAAUUUAUCGAAUCAGAAGAUGGAAGAGGGUAUACGCAGCAUUGGUAUUUUCCUGUCUAACGUUAUUGGUCAGAUCAAUCUACAGGAUCGUGGAAUUCGCUGAACCUCAACCGGGAUAUCUAUAUACACACGAAAUAUUCUUCUUCUGCUUCGAUUGCUUACCCAUGUGGCUGACCACCUCAACCUACGUGUUCUAUUGGCCUGGGAGAUAUCUCAUUGAUGAAACGAAAGUCCGGCCCUCAAUCUUAGAUGGAGUAGGAAUCGACAAUUCAGUCACUCUGGAUCAUCUACAAAGUCAAGAUGACAGGAUGAGAUUACCUUCUGGGUCAGAGGAAGAUCAUUCCAUUGUGAACGAUAGAAGGGUCGCGAUUUGA